CGGCUACGAAGGAGCUUCUUCAGGCGCAUGUCCCGCCGCCCCCGGCCAGACACGCUCCGCAAGAGCAUCCCGGGGGGACUAGGUGGCGGCGCCGGCAUCGGAUGAAGAAGCGGAAGCACUUUGAAGUUUGGCGGAAGCGGAAGCUCGUCCUUGAAGGAUUAUGGCGGCGCUGGUGAGGGUUGUGGUGAGUGAGGUUGGCGACUGCCUUUGCGCGCUGCCUUCGUGAGCUCGGCGUGCCGGCACCGCUCUCUCGGCCUGCAAGGGCCCGAGGGACAGGGCUGGGGAGGCCGGCUUCGGGCAGCCUCUCCGGCGCCGUGGGCUUGAGCCAGCCAAGGGGCGCGGGGUGGGCGUGUGUUGGGGCGGGGGAGAGAAGGGUCCGCAGGGGGCUGUCGGUGGGCAGCCCCACAAACUGCGACCCGGUUGGCGGUGGGAAGACUGAGGAAAUCGGGAGCGAGGGUUCCUGCUCGCCCUGGAAGGCUUUGCCCUUGGAGGCUUCGGCGAGGUGACAGACGUUGCUGUGGGAAGGAUGAAAGCGCCAUAGCUGCUUAUGUUGGGACCCGUCGUAGAAGCAUCACCGGCCUUCACAGAAUUAGGCAUAAAAUUAUUUGUUGCAUUUGUAUCCCACCUUUUUCUCCAGUCAGCUCAAGGUGGCAUACACAGUCCCCCCCCCCUCAGUUAAUCCCCACAACAACCCUGUGAGGUAAGUUAGGCUGAGAGAUUGUGACUGGCCCAAGAUCACCCAGUGAGCUUCAUGGCUCAGCAGCUAAUUUGAACCCUGGUCUCCCAGGUACUAGUCCAACACUAACCAUUACAAUGCUUGUAAAGUAACUUCAGCGGCUGAGGCAGAAGCUCUUCAGAGGCAGAAGACCAGAAUCUUCAGCUCUUAAUUUAAUAGUCUGGCUCAUGCUCUGUCAUAAUUAGUAGUACAGCAGUGCUAUUUUUUAAAUAUUUGUAAUGGCAAUGGAGGUGGGCUCUGAGUCAAAGCUCUUUGCAGAGAUGGUCUUGACUUAAACGCCACAUUUUUCAGCUCUGUUUUCACUGCACCAUUUCAUGCCUGGCUCUCUGUGUCUGUAUGGCUUAAAUCAGAAAUGGGGCAUACGUGUCAGCUGGAGAGCUGUAUAUCCUUCUGGGCCACCUUCUGGGAGUUGUGUGCCAGUGGUGGAAAGGGCCAGAGGCAAAUGUGGGGAAAGCAACACAUAGAAAGUUUAUAUUUGUAAACACAAACACACACACCCCUCCAUUCAGGGAAGCAAGAAGCAUUAUCAGAGUUCAAACACACAUUCCAGCCAAGCAAAGACAUUUGGGGUAUGAAACAGGGCUGGUGAGGUGUGAGUCUGCGGAGAGUCAUAUUUACGGCCAAGGCUCCCCACUCCUGGCUUAAACCUAAAGAAUAGGAAGCUAAACCUCUUUUUGGCUUUUCUGCUAGCUUACUAGCAGUAGCCCUUUAAGUCUCAUUGUCUCUUAUAGCAUUCUUCUUAUGGGCUAUGUAGUCAGCAAAAGGGCUGGAACUGGAAGGGACAUGUGGGUUGAUUUAUCCAAUCUUCUUUGGCCAGGCAGGAUCUUUUAGAAGUUAAGCCAUGUUACCCUGAUUAUAUAAUCUAGGAUAUAAUCAUUAUGUAAGAGAAUAGCAGUGAGCAAGGUGUGGUAAGACACACAAUGUCUUGAGGCAGGAAAUAAUUUAGACACAUGGAGCCAGUUAUAAUUUCCUGACUUUUGCUUGUAUCAGUCAUGUAGAAUGAUUGUGGGUCCUUUUACACUGGGAACAUUUAGUUGUUUUUCUUCAUAUCUUUGUGAUUUUAGUCAAGACUUCAUAGUUCUUAGUAGAGAAUGUAUCAGUUUGCCUGAGCAGAUACUUCUGCUUGCCCAUUACAUAUUUGAACUUCUAGCAGUAUGUUACUUUGAACUAUAAAUGUUCAUACUGAAUCGUGCUGAGGAGAUACAGAAGCUUCAGAUGAGCAGCACUUGUGUUUUUACAGUAUUAUUCAAACAUGGGGUUAUAGGAAGGUGGGUGUUUGAUAAUGCUGGUCAAAAUAAUCAUUGCUGAUUAGUGGCUAUUAUUUUAUAGACUCAUCGAGCUGGAGUACCACAAUGGAUUGCAUUAUGCAGUGGAUUGAUACAAACGACAUUAGCUCAGCAACAAUGGGGCAGGAUGCUCCAUGGUACUCUCCAGGUACAAUUAUUUUUUUAAUUGCAAGAUUGAGAACUUUGCUAGAGCUUAUCAUGGAAUUACCGUAUUUUUCGCAUCAUAGGACACACCUGGAUUUUUCGGGGGGGGGGGGAGAAUAAAGAAAAAAAAAUUAUUUCCCCCCCAGGUGCGGGGGAAGCCUGAGCUUCCCCUGACCCCAGCCCCCAGAACAGGCUGCUGCCUGCAAGCCUUGCGAGCCUGGCGGGACCUCCCGCUGGGCGCACAAGGCUUGCAGACAUCUGCCCGAAGCACAGGGCGUGCUCCGCAGCGCGCCCCGUGCUUCGGGCUGCAGGCUGCCGCCUGCAAGCCUUGCACGCCCGGUGGGACCUCCCGCCGGGCACGCGAGGCUUGCGGAUAGCUUCCUGAAGCCUGGAGAGCGAGAGGGGUCGGUGUGCACCGACGCCUCUCGCUCUCCAGGCUUCAGCGAAAGCCUGCAUUCGCCCCAUAGGACGCACACACAUUUCCCCUUCAUUUUUGGAGGAGAAAAAGUGCGUCCUAUGGGGCGAAAAAUACCGUAAUAACGUGUCAGUUGUUGUUUUCAGAGCCCUAAGAGAAAUGCUUUGCAAAUCUGUAGUGGUUCAAUGGUUAGUAUUUCAUAAUGGCUAUAUAUUGCUGCUUCUGAAUAAAACUUCUGGAGAACAUGAGUGUGAGUGUGUUCAUCCCCUCAUGUCCUGCUUGUGAGCUUCCCACAGGUAUUUGGUUGGCCACUGUGGGAACAGAAUGCUGGGCUAGAUAGGUCUGAGAGCUGAUCCAGCAAGUCUACUCUCUUUAACAUUCCAAUAUUAACUUUUCAUGGCUUGUAUUUACUCUUAUUUCAGGGAACUGAAUCGUUUGAGCCAGAUGUGACCUGCCAUGCUAGUAUUUACCCCUUCUCGAGGCCCAGCAUGAUAUAUACAAUAUGGAACAUUAUUCCUCGCAAAACAGAUGAAAUAUUGAGUGUAAUUCUUUAGGCUUACAGCUCUCCUCAGUGGUUUUAUGGGUGCACUAACUGGAAAUGGUAUCAGCCUUGUGUCAGAACGACAGUCUAAAGGAAAGCUGUGUGGCUGCUCAUCAUUUGCUUUAGCCUAUGAGUGCCUCAAGGAUAUGGGACAGUUAUCAAUAUUUUAAAUGGUCUGACAUGGGUAUUUGCUAUUUGAAUGUUGAUGAAAAUAGGAAGCAAAUAAUAAAUACCAUAAGCUCUAUACCACAUCCAAGCAUAUACAGAAAGCAUUUUGGUUCACAAGAUAAUGAAGAAUGCAGACUUUUCAGUUUCAUUGAGAUAACUUUUACUGUAAUUGUUCCCAGUUGCUGGGAAUCACAAGAAGGCAGAGUGCUGCUGUGUGAAGAUUCUGCUUGCAGAUUUCCUAUGGGUAUCUGGUUGGCCACUGUAAAAACAGGAUGUUGGAAAAGAUGGGCCUUUGGCCUGAUCCAGCAGGCUCUUCUUAUGUUUUUAAGAGAUUCCUGAUAGUUGCAAUAUUUCUUAGGUCGAGGGUGUGUGGUGUCUUCAUGACCUUUUCAUCUUUUCUGGUGUAUGAAGCUGGUAAGUUUAGAAGGCCAAGCAAUGUAACUCUUUCCUUAUGUAUUUGCCACUUUUCUUCAUCUGUGCUCAUGUGUAUAAUAAACCUGAUAACUUUGCAAGUCUAUGAUCUGAAAUUCUUCCAUAGGGAAACACUAAUGUGUAAUUUGUGUGCCUAAUUGUAUGAUCCACUGUUGCCCUUCCAUACUACUAUUUUUUAUGCUUGGUUAUUUCUCUUUGUUGUUUUACCAGAGACGCAAGAAUGGCCAGUCACAACUAACCCAAGUUUGCUGUGGAUUAAUACAAACCAUUGGUACAGUAAAGCAGCCAAACAGAACACUUCAUCACACAAACAAGGUCAGACCAAACUGAAGUCUUGUAUUUCAAAAAUGCUGUCUGCCCCUAUUGAACUAGGAUUGUGGUUCUAUUGGGGGUUGGGAUUUUUUGAGUUAACAGGUUUCAAGCAAAACUUUAAAUGCACAGUCUUUGUUGUCUUAUUAUGCAGGAGAAGCAUUAAAUCCCAGAGUAAUCUGAGGAAGUGACACCUGCUGAAACUGGCAGAAUACUUUCAAUAAUUCAGACAAAUUCAUGGAAGAUCUUAAAUGGCUAUAAACCAGAAUGCUAAGGGGUGAGAUAGCACAAAUAGAGUACUAAGUUAUUCUGACUACUAAGAUCCACAAGGAAGAAAACUGUUCUCUGAGAACUGUUUUUAGUUGCAUCUUGCAUAGCAUCUUGUCUGAUUCAGCUAAUAGCUAUCCAAAGCAAUUCUUAUGUCAACGUAUCUUUAUUGUGCCUGAUGGUGUUUGUGAUUUAAUUGACUUAUAUCUGCCCUCUUACCAAAGGGGCCCAGGGUGGCAGGCGUACCAAUGAUAAAACAUUUUUUAAAAAACAACUAAAACCAUUUUUCUAAGUUAUGGGGGGGGGGGAAUAUAUUGAAAAGUUUAAAAAUUCUUAUCUGCUGAUCUCAUGGCUACCAGGCUGAUAUUUUAAGCAUUUUUUUCAAAAAAAAAAUCCUGUAGAUUUGCUAUCAUCAAAACCAGUCACACACACCAUGGCAUGAGCUAUUUUUGCACCUUGGUAAAUUCAUAAUGUACACUAGGUAUAAUCCUCUUGCCUGUUUGUGGGGAGAUAUAAGGCUAAGAAUCUUGUCCCUAGGGUUCUACUGCUCCUUUUUCUAGAUUUGGAUGUGUGCAGUGGAAAUGACUUGGCUUGUAGUCUGAUGAAGCCAGCCAUAUGGCAUGGCCCACAUGUAUCCCAAAUUCCUUUGGUGUGUGAAAGUCCGUAUGCUUUUUAUGCCAUACUCUGUGAGGAGGGUUAACAGACUGGGAGAAUAAAGCAAAAGAGGGAAGGAGACUGAAUGACAAAAAAGUUGUGAGCAUUGGUGUAGAGCAGGGGAAACACUGACAUGGAAGUGCUAAAUUGCAGUUAUCAACUAAGCCAGCUUUGCAAAAAAAAUAUGGUUGUUUUUUAAAAAAAAGACACAAAAAUGGUUUCUUCCUUGUCAGCCCACAUGUACCUGCACUAAUAAUUUGCGGCACUUGGGCUUGAAACAACAAACCCCAGACACUCUUUAACAAUGGGCACAACUUGCUGUUGUCAAGUUGCCUGAAGCGAAUAGUGAAUUCUUCCUCUCCAUACUGGGUGAGUGGUUUCUCAACAACCUGGAAUAAGCAUAGCCGGUACUUUUUUUAAAAUUAAAAAAAUAUCAUCUGACUAAACCUAAUCUGGAAAGUAGUUUAGGAAGUGCUUGAGAUGCAGUUACAAAAUUUUGGUCCUGAGUAUGUCCAUUUUAACUCAGCUGCCUCUGAGACAUUAAUUGUGACUUAGGUUAUGUCACAUGCUAAGGGCCCUGCAUAGUAAUUCAGAUACAUAAGCUGUUAAAUAUUGCAGCAGUUUCACAGCUAAAUGCACACUGUAUUUCACUUGUUCAUCUGGUUGAAUACUUUUUUAAAAUGCCAAGUUGGCAAGCUUCACAGCUGGAACAGGCCCAUAUAUUUCUCUAGUCCCACCCCCUCACCUUUCCUCUUUCCAGAAUGUAAAGAAAAUGUCAGAUUGGGUUUUCUCUUAACUUCUUACUCUUUAUGAAAACAUGAAAAGUGUUUUCUAUCUUGGUGACAGGGAUGGGUGAUGUUUUUCAAGCCAAGGACUGCAUUGCCUUGUAGCUAACUUUCUGGGGGCUGGUGUCAAAAGUAGGUGAGGCUACAGCCAUUCAGUUCAUUUAUUUUCUCACACACCUAUACACAGGCAUGCAUUACAUUCUCUCUCUCUCUCUCUCUCUCUCUCUCUCUCUCUCUCACACACACACACACACACACACACACACACCCUUCACAAUCACAUGCCCUAGUUGUUCUCUCACACAACUAUCCCCACACAAGCAUUUGUUCUUUUCAUAUUCACUCACAUCAUUAACCAUCGCAGAUCCACUGCCUUUAGUUAAUCUAUUCCCCCAUCCAUAUUGUAAACAUAAGGGUGGGCAUAUUGUCAGCCACUUCAUAGGUAAGCUGUGGGGUGCAGGAGAGGACAAAGUGGGGCUGGUAAGGGUAAAGGGCCAAGGAGAGGUGUCUCUCAAGGAGAGUCAAAGUCCUAAUAGAGAGGCCCUGAGGGCCACAUCUGGCCUGUGAAUCAUAGGUUCUGCCCCCCGACUUAUGAUUUGUUCAACUUGGGGGGGGCACUACAAUAAUUGUCUGAAGAGGCUCAUAUCUACAGUAAGACACCAACAUGGGGAAUUAAGAAAUGAGGUGUAUGCCUAAUUGUAGAGCCUACUGCUGUGAUUUAUUUUCAUAGUUUUGUUGUUGUUAUUGGAUCUUCAUUAGGAAACCCUCUAGUGUGAGGGCCAUCCAUCCAGUGUCCUUGAUGCCUGUCGAAGACUACUUGGCUCAAAGAGAUGCACCUAUGGAGUAUCUUCACAGAAAAAGGGAGCAGUAUGGGCAGGGACAGGGCACUUCAUAUGUACACUUUGUAAGUGGCUCAAACAGCAGUUGCUCCAGGCAGCUGUGUUAUCAUUUUAGCCAGUAUCAAUCCACCAUCUCCUGCAAUGACAGUAGCAGAGCUACUGGAAAGUGCUAGCUAUUGAAGACACUUUAAUCAGUAUGUCCACUAACUUGUAUGACAAGGUAGUAUCAGAAUACUUUAGUUUAUUGUUCAUUUUAAUUACUUUUUAUUAUUUAUAUAUAUGUUUUUAACUCUCUUCUAUCAUUUUAAUUUAAUAUUUUAAUUUUUUUGUGAGCCGUUUUGAGAUUUUAUUACAAUCAAAUAAUAUAAGCAUUUUGUUAAAUAAAAUAAAAUAAAUAAUUGUUUAGGUGUACCAUUUCUAGAGGGUAGAUAUGGGAAAUAUCUGCUUUCCUUACCCUGGAAUUGCAGAUCACAUGUGACUAUUCAUCAGAAACACUUGUAUUUCGGACCAUCACAUGGCUUCACAUACUGCCAUAUCUUUUUAGAAAACAAAUACCGUAAAUGGUCUUGUGUGCUUUGCUUACAUGCCAAAGAGAAUCUUUGCUGCUUACAAAAAAGUCACCAUGCUGUGUUGUUCUUGUUUUUAUUACAAGACAUGAAAACAGAUAAAAUGUAUCUCAGAGUAGAUACGUUUGAACUGCUGAAUCUCUUUAUACCAUAUUCUUUCAUGCCUUUCUUCUGAAACGGCACCCCUGAAACUACUAACUUCGAAAGACUCGAAGUCCAUUAUGGUAUUUAGACUGAUUAAAAGAGAGCUCAAGAGUUUGGGUAGACAAUUUGAAAAUAUAGUGAACUGAAUAUUCUUAAAAGAGGAGUCUAUUCCAGAAUGCAUUAUCACAUGUGCUUAGUGGACCUGCUUAGUGGCAAACAAUUUGCUUCACCUUUUUUCAGGUCUGAAUUGAACCUAAGGUAUUCUCAUUUUCACUUGUGAUAGUUUAAGGCUUAUAAAAUUAACAACUGUACAGUUCUUAACAGUCUUCUAGAAGGAAGAACAUAUACAAUGUACUAUGUGAACUACAUUUCAGAGCCCAGUUCCUUUUACACGCACGUUAGAAGGAUUUUUAAUGAAGUUCUUGUAUGCUGCUAUUAGUAGGCAAUAUAAUGCUAGUUUUAAAGGGACAAAUAAGCAUUUAACAGUAAAAGUUGUUAAGAUAAAACUUAACUGUACAGGAAUAAGCUUUUUUGUGAGAUCUUCCAUCUCCGAUUGUUCAUUUCAGGGUUUUGAAAGUAUAUUUAGACAGCUAUCAGCAACCUCUCAUCCUGACUUAUAGCUAUAGGUAUAUCCAUGAAUUUGUCGAAUCUUGUUUUUCAUGUUGCAUAUAGUGCUUUUGGUCAUGGAUUUCUCUAUUUCUUUAAAGCGCCAGCCUCACAUUGGCUUCUUCAAGUUCAUGUAGGCAUAAAUUACCUGGUUAAUUAGAACAGGAAGGCCAAAUGUAUUGCUAAUAAUAUAUUAUCUCAUAGGGCUGGACGUCUUAUUUCUCAUAGGCAACCAUGUGGCCACAUACGCAAACAUGUGGCCUUCAUUCCUAACUCUCUUCAACUAGUCCAGCUGCCAGCUGGAACACAGAGUUACUGUUACUGUUGCAGACCAUGCUGUGUGGUUUUUAUGUGUUCCCAUGUUAGGAACAAUGGUUGUUUUUUUAAGGCUUAAGAAUAUUAUUGAAGUGACAAAGGUAAUCAGAAACACUGUUUUUAUUGUCAUGUAAUGGCUUUGAAGGGGACGCGGGUGGCAGGGGACGUGGGUGGCACUGUGGGUAAAACCUCAGUGCCUAGGACUUGCCGAUCGUAUGGUCGGCGGUUCGAAUCCCCGCAGCGGGGUGAGCUCCCGUCUUUCGGUCCCAGCUCCUGCCCACCUAGCAGUUCGAAAGCACUCUUAAGUGCAAGUAGAUAAAUAGGUACCACUUUAUAGUGGGAAGGUAAACGGCGUUUCCAUGUGCUGCGCUGGUGCUGGCUCGCCAGAGCAGCUUCGUCACGCUGGCCACGUGACCCGGAAGUGUCUCCGGACAGCGCUGGCUCCCGGCCUCUUAAGUGAGAUGAGCGCGCAACCCUAGAGUCGGACACGACUGGCCCGUACGGGCAGGGGUACCUUUACCUUUACCUUUAAUGGCUUUGAUUUCUUCCCAACAAUGUGGAAAGAUCAUGUUUUCCCACCUCGUGGGAUACAUUUAUCCCAUCUUCAGGACUACUAGAGUCCCACAAACAUGUAUAACAUGUAAAUGUGAUAUAGAAGCAUAAAGUCUAACACAGAUGAGCCCACACUGCACAGUCACUUACACCGCCAAGGCUACACAGACACCGGAUUUCACAUUUGUGUGGCCUGGUCAAAUAGGACCAUGCAUGUGGCAGAUAGGCAUGGCAGCCUCCACCUCCUACUCCAGAUUGGCCUGGCCUGGACAAUACCUUUCCUCCAAUGUGUGAAGCAUCCCUUUUGGCUUAAUGUAGCUUUAAUUUGCAGACAAUGCUUUGUUGAUUAAGAUGUGACUCCUGUUAACAUAUUUCUUUGCUUUUAUUAUAGGUUUUUACAGCCAAAGACUCCCCUCAGCCAUCUGAAGAGAAAGUAGGUGCUUUCACGAAGAUAAUAGAAGCAAUGGGUUUCACAGGACCACUAAAAUAUAACAAAUGGGUAAAAAAUUCAUCUUGUUUUCAGUGGCUCUAAAUCAGGAAGGAUUACCAGAAUAAAGUAGUUCAAACUUCUGCUUACAAGCACAUGUCUGAAUGUCUUUUACGGUGCAAUCCUACGUAUGUCUGCUUAGAAGGAAGUCCCACUGAGUACAGUAGGGGCUCACUCUCAGAUACACAUCUGUAGGAUUGCAAUGCUACUUCACAUUUGUAUCUGAAUGGCUAAAAGCUUGUGUAUGUGUGGAUUUCAGCCAAUUAUAGUGGACUGCCUGGACAUUUGUGCCACAUUUUCUGGUGGAACUACCAUCUGAUUUAUUUAUUGAUAUUCCACUUAAUCCCAGAGUGUCUUACAGCAGUUGUUUUUUUAUUAUCAAUAUGUCUGACCCCCAGGGGCUCAAAGGCACUAAAAUUCUUUGGGUGAAAAAAGGCCAAAUGAAGUAAAAAUACAUUAUAAACAUAAAAUAUGUCUAAAACAACAACAGAGCUCAUAUCUCACCUUGAAUGACCUGUCUAAAAAUACAUUGAAAGGAUGGGGUGGGGGUGUACACAGUGACUUGCUAAAUUUGUUAAAGAGGAUGGGACAGGGGCAGUUCCGGGUGUGGUGGUGAUGGUAUCUCUUGAGCUUUGUCCAGGAGAUAGAUUGAUCUUCACCCCCAGCCCCUGGAAUGCUCCUCUUCCCGUAGCAAAUGCACCAGCUGCUUUUGUUUAGAAGCUUUAUUUUUAAUUUCAGUUCCUUUUAGUCUUCUCCUAUGUGUGUAUUUUAUUUUAUUAAAAGAUUUAUAGACCUUUCAGGGCAGUUGCCAUGAUAAGGCAGUGUACAGUGAAAUAACACAAUAAAUAUAAUAUAAAAAGCACUGCAGUAAAAUUUUAUCCAGAUACAACAAUGAAUCAAAAUUAGAUUAGAUGAAAACAUCUCAAGAGCAUAUACUGAUGUUACACAACAAAAUAACUGUCUGCCAUCCCAUCUCUACAAUCAUUGAUUUGAUAAGCCUGUUGAUUUUUAAGAUGUUAUUAUUUGAAGAUAAGAAAAAUGCCACUGGCAUUAUUGGACCACUUCUGCUGCUCGCCUGGCACCUUAGUAACAUGGAAAGUUCUCAGAGGGCCCAUUUCUAGUAAUGACCCCAUAUACCAUCAUCGGCUGGUAUGCAGCUCUAUCCUGGGCCCUGUGAAAUUUUGAUCUGGCUGGCUUGGAUUGCAUUGUGAUUUUAUGUUGUACAGACAUGGAUGUAGCUGAAUCUAUAAAAACUGACUGACUGAGCAGAUGGUUUGGCUAGCAUACAUGGGAUUCCUUGACUCUCACAAACAUUGCAUUCCAUAGUAAGCACCAACAAUAGUGUUCACAAGCAAGCCUAUGGUCACUUAGUCUGAGGUCUGGAAAUGAUUAUUCCAUCACCUCUCUUGGAUUCAUUUCAUCCACUAACUAUCCUCACUGCUUAAAAAAAAAUCUGCCUCCUAUCUGAGCCCUCCAGAUACCAAUUUCCUGGGAUUUCAACUAUGUUUUUAAAGAGAACUAGAAAGUUGUACCUACCUAUGUCUAGUGUUAUAUCAAUCAAAAGUACGGUUUAUGUUAUAGUGCUUCUCUUCAGUACCACAAUUGACCCUCCUGCCCAUGCUGUCAAGUUGGAAUUGGAUGUGGUAUACUGUCAAACUGCCUAUGGCAUUGGGAUGUGAAAAUGGGAGUUUUCACUAAAUUAAGCAUUUCUAUAACUGUCAUACUUAUAAUUUUCCAUGUAGUCAAAAUACUGUAAACAUUCCUGUAAUAUGGAGUUGUUCAAUUUGUAAAAUUAAAUACUAUUUCUUUAAAGGAAGGUUCUUAAAAAUAAGUGGUAGAUACUUAUUUGAGCUGGUCUUCUUGAAAGAACUAAGAAUCUUAUGAGAACUUAAAGCUUAGCUUCUAUGCUUGCACCAACUAUCAGAAAUUUUACAAAGACAGAUGGAAGCAAAAUCUAGAUGUUUGCUGUUCUAAUUACUAUACUUGAGGGAAAACUUGGUGGAAGAUAGUUGGAAUGUUAGUAUGGUGUCACAAUGUAACAAUACUUUGAGAGGUUAUUCGAAAGAAAGCACACUGAAGUUACUUGUCAGUUAUUACAGUUCCAUUUGGGAUUAAUUUUUCCAGUCCCAUAACUCUACUACUGAACUUAGUAGUAGAGCAAGAAGGCCCUAUACAGUGGUACCUCGGUUUAUGAACUUAAUCCGUUCCGGAAGUACGUUCUUAAACCAAAGCCAUUUUUAAACUGAGGCAUGCUUUCCCUAAUGAGGCCUCCCGCCGCCGGUGCCCUUCCACCAUUUGGCUUCUGUUCUUAGACUGAGGUAAAGUUCACUAACCGGAACACUACUUCCAGUUUUGCGGAGUUCUUAUACCGAAUAGUUCGUAAACAGGGCUGUUCUUAAAAUGAGGUACCACUUACUAUUAGCCUGCUUGCUGUUACUGUGACACAGAUCACAGUACAGGUAAUGAGUAUAGGCAUUCUUUUCAAGAUCAUUCAGGACUUAAAAUGUAAGAACCAGAACCUUGGAUUGGGCCUGGAAAUGAACUGGCAACCAGUGCAACUGAUACAACAUCAGUGUAGUAUGUUCUGACUAUACCCACCUGUAACCGAUUGGUUACACUUUGUUCCAGCUGAGGUUUCCCACCCAUCUUCAAAGUCAGCCCCAUGUAGAAUAUUACAGUAGUCCAAUCUGGAUGUGACAAAUGCAUGAAUGACUGAGGCGAGAUCUGACCUCUCUCAUAGGGUUGCAGUUGGAGUACCAGCCUAAGCUACCAUCAUCACCAGAGCUGUCCCAGACAGCAGUAAUUCCGGAAAUACCAACUAACUGCCAACUGAUCCUUUAGGUUUAGUGCAACAGUGUCAAGGACAGGCUGAAAAGCUCUAUACAAAGGUGUCUACUGUCCCACCCACAGUACCUAUGUCAUAUCUGGAUUAAGCUUCUCCCUCAUUCUCCCCAAAUGGUUUAGGAGCUCCACAGUCUCCUCAGAAUAAGCUUGCAGAAGAGAAAAAUGACUUCUCCCUGUGGCUUCAUAUAGAUAAUUCACAUAGCAAUAUGGUUAGCAAUAUGUUUUAGAUAUAACUUGAGUUAUUCUGCCUGCCUAUCAGCUACCUUGAUUCCAUUGUGGUGUCUGGUGAUUUAGUACACAUGGAUUCUUUUUUUCCUUCCUUUGCAAGUACAGCUUAAAUUCAGGGUUCAUCUGGAAAGGAAGAUUUUUUCCUUAAUGGAGCCAAUCCCAGCAAUUAUUGAAUUUGGAACCAAAUUUAAAAUGUGCUAAAUACAAGUCCCAUUUGCAGAAGAAUGAUCAGGAGUGCACUCCAACACUCCUUUUUGUUCUUUGUAGCCACAGCUUUACCUUGAUGUCAGAUGCGUGUAGCUGAGGAGAAAUGGAUUUACAUACCAAAUGAGGACCCCUGGCAGGCCUGGUUUGCCCCAUGGGCCAGAUGUUCCCUAUGCUUGCCCUAUAGGAAGCUGCCUUAUACCAGAUCAGACAUUUUUGGCCCAUAUAGUCUUGCAUUGCCUCAUCUGACUUAUAUUGGCUCUCUAGGGAUGUUGGCCAGGGUCUUUCACAUUACACACAACCUGACACUUUUAGCUGGCGAUGGCAGGGAUUACAUUUGGGUUCUUGUUUCAUACUAAGCAUGUGUGCUUCCACUUUUACUGCCAACAACACAGGAAAAAAAAUAAGAAUGUCAACUAGUUCACUAAAUAGCACCUGGAUUUCUGGGUGCUUCUGCGACCUUGUGAGAUGCAGUUUAAAUAAAUACUUGGCCAAUCAAAUUGGAACUAAAGAGCCCAAUCUAGAUUCUGGAAUAUAGCAUUAGGCUCUGGGCUUCUAGCAGCAGCACAAAGGGACUCCUUGUGCUUUUGAAUCCUUUGGCUCUGGUGCUCAAAAAAAAAAAAAAAAAAAAAAAGUUCUACAUAGCACAGGAAUGCCAACACAAGGGGCUUAAAAAAAUCUGGAGUGGGUGGAGCCUGGGCUAAUGCCAGAGCACACUUUUGCUGUAGUGAAGAAGUGAGUUUUGUAUUUCAGCAACUGAGUCAGAGGCUUUCCCAUCUGCUUCUCUUGCACAUCUUGUGCUUGCACUGCAACAAGUAUAAUAGGGAAUAGAAUGGGGCUGAAACUUGUGGGGUGAUUUGCAUAGGGUGAAGAUCCUCAGUCCAUCUUUUGUAUACAUGCAUUCAUUGAGCCUAGUACUCAAAACUGCACAGAGCAUGUGCUCCUUCACAUGUGCCAUAUAUUCUCUGAUAUGUUGUCACUGUGGGCUCAUUCAGCUUAUUUUCCAGAUGAUCUUUGUUUUCAUUAUAAUUUCCUUUAUGGGCCCUUUGAGGGUCUUUUUCUCUUGCUGCUCUUGCUUUUUCCCAGAUCUGAGAUGGAAGAGUAUUGAGCGUCCUGCUCUUUCUUUGUCUUUAUUUUAACUUUGCAGAGGCUCACCAGAAACCUGACUGGAAAUUGGCUUGCAGUCUCCUACACUGUUGUUGGUUUUAAAAAAAAAACCUGGUCUAGACAAGUUGGAGUUCUUAGAAAGGGGAAGGGUUAGGAUUAGAGGACCUGAAGAACUAAUUAAUCAAUUGCUAUAAUUUUUACUGCCCAAGAAAUUGUUAGUGUAAAUAAUAAAUUGGUUAGUCAUAAUUUCCUGGACUGAAAAGAGAUGGUGGCUACUAGCCAGUAUAAGUUUAAGAAUAUUGCCAGCCCAACAAAAUAUCAUUCUGUGGCAGGAAAAUCCAGUAAACAUAAUGUGUUUCUUGACUUAAGAACAUGGAACUGUGUCAACUUUUAUUGGCGGAGUAGAAAAAAAUAUUGGCUAGAAUAUUGACUAAUGUGUCAAUGUAUAAAUGGUAUACAUGAAACAAGACCUUGGAAGGGCUAGUCUUAGAAGUGAGUACAGUAUGCAAACAUUUUUUCAUUUAUGAACUUACUCAUCAGAUCUCCAUAUAAUGGAAUGAAACAGCAAACACAUUAGAAAACAGUAUUGCUCAUGAUUGUCAUUAACAGGAAUUUAGAUGGCCUAAAUGUGUGAAGAGCUGAAAUGCAUGCAAAAAACCUUGACAGAUGUUGAUAAAAAUGGUGCACUGCUGACUAGACAGUUUGAGCAUUUGGAGUCAUUGAUAUGAUAACCCAAAAGUUAACUUACUAUUUUGGUUUGUUUUCAGUAUAGGAGAGUGCUUCACAGUUAAAUACCAACAAACAUAGCACAAUAAUAUAAGUAUCUCAGAAGACUGAAGGCCAUCUCCACAAUUAUUUAUGCAAAUGUUUUAAGAUAGCCAGACUAUUUUAUUACAGUCCCUAAACAAAUGUAUAGUUUUGAUAGCAGAAGAAGUGUAUUUGGUGUGAUUAAUGAAAACUCUCACAUUAUGCAUGUUGUGAGCACUAAAAGCAAUUGUUUUUCCUCUCCAGAAAAUCAAAAUAGCAGCCCUGCGAAUGUACACAUGCUGUGUGGAGAAAACAGACUAUGAGGAAUUCUUUAACAGUAAGUUUUCCAUCUCUCAUCUCUUAUUCACUUCUAUUACAUCCCCACCCUUAGGUUAUGGAGGAAGUAGGACAGCCUGCAGCGUGGGUUUAAUGCUCAAAUCUUGCUUAUUUCCUUGUAGGUGUGUAUGCCUACACUUAUUUCUGCCUGUUAUAAGGAACAGUUCUUAUGAAACAAAGCCCGCUAUACAGGCAACAUAUUGCAUAUUUAAAAGGAAAAGAAAGAGGUCAUUCAUAUCCAACCUACUUUUUUAAAAAAACCAAAUCUUACCAAUAUGAAAACACUAGUCUUCACUGUCACUGCAGGUAACCCAGGCACUGAGUUUCCUGCCCUGUUGCCACUCCUGUAUGCUCAACUUGUUUUUCAACCAUCCUAUGAUCCUUUAAUUAUUCAAGCACAGAAUGGAAUGUGAAGCCCAUGUUUGGAAGAGAGCUAUCAUUAAUAUGGCCCUGCAAUAAUAAUUAAUGACUUGGCUGUUAAACAAGAGAGUGGUUUUCAACUAAUAGAUCAGUAUAUAAUGAGCAAUUGAGUGGACAACCAGAAAUCAUUAAUCCGUUUUUCCUCAUCUUUCCAGUUUAUAACAGAAUCAAUAAAACCACAAAAACUAAAGAAGUAAACAUGUAAAAUUAACCAAGUUGCAGACAGAAGGCUUGCCUAAUGAAUAAAAAAUGAAUUAAAAAGUGGUGAGAUGUCACCAGAGAAGGUGCCAUAUGAAUCUCUGAAGAUACAGAGUUCUAGAAAAGUUGCCGUAACAGAGUUUUCCCACAUGUUCCCACUAAUCAUGCUCAAAUGGGGUUGGGAGAUGUAGGAAGACCUCUUCCAGUGAUUUGGGUGGAUUGGCAAGAUUGGUAGAAGGAAUUGAUCCUUUAAGUAUCCUUGAUGUAGGCUGUUUAGGAAAUCUGCUAGGUCAGCUUCUCCACCCCAUCUUAAGCCAUGAAGAGCAAGGAUCAAACGCACAAGUGGACUACACCAGUUGGGUUCAUCAUAAGUCUUUGCUUGCUGCCACUCUCAUCCCUGCAGUUUUUUAAUUAAUCGAAGCUCCCAGAAACUAGAGAGCCCAUCUGGUUCUCACUCGUAAGAUUGGAUAUUUGGGAGUGAUAAUUUUGAGAGUGCAAAUCAUUUCUCCAUUCCAGAGGUCAGCUACAGCUUGAAGGGAGGGGGCCAUAGUUCAGUGUUAGAGUACAUGCACCCCAGUUUUAGUCCUUGCCAUCUUCAGGUAGGCCUGUUUCCUGUCUGAAACCCUGAAGAUCUGCUGUCAGUCAGCAUGCAGAUGAUUUUGAGCUAUAUAGACCAAUCGUCUGAGGCUAAAAAGGGAGCAUUCUUUGAUCACCACUAGUCACAGCUGAGAAAAUCCCCCAGAGCCAUAGGGAUACAGUGGGGGUUGUCUUCCUCCUCUGAGGAGGUGAGAGGUCGCAGGACACAUUUUAAGGCAAGUAUAUUAAUGAUGAUAGUUCAUGAUCUUGGUAUUACAUUCUUAUGUUAACACCUUGCUCACUCAAAAUACAGCAUUUGUUGUUUAUUUAAAAUGUUUAUAUGCUUAGCUGCGAUUCCUGCAUUUAGUUAUGACUCCUGCAUUGCAGGGGUUUGGACUAGAUGACCCUUGAGGUCCCUUUCAGCUCCACAAUUCUAUGAUUCUCCAGUUUAAGAAAAACCAAAGUUGACUCUGACAAUUAAAUAGCAAAUAAAAUUAAACUUAAAAUGUACAUGAAGCAAUAGAAGCACAGGAGAGUAUUAAGUCUAGCAGAACCAUUGGUUUAAAACAGAUUUGGUAACAUGCUGAAAAGCCUGGGCAAAUAUACUGGAAAAGACAUGAGACUUGGUACCAGGCAAAAGUCCUUCAAGAGGGCAUUCCACAUAAUGGGUGAUAAAACUGCCUCUGCCUGGUAAUCACCUAAUUUUAGGAGUCAGGAACUUAGAGAAGGGCCUUCAUAUAAUGUAAAAUUUGGGCAGGCUUGUGUGGUCAAGUGUCUUGAGUCCUAAGCCAUUAAAUGCCCUUGAACUGUUCCUGGAAAUAUACUGCAGCCACUACAGUUAUUUAAGAAGUUAUCCUAGUUAGUAGCCUAGUUCUUCAAUUUUCCAGUAACAAAAGUUUCCAAAAAGUCUUAAAAAGCACUACAGCACAUUGCAAUAAUAUAGAUGAGUUACCAGGGUGUGGAUAGCUGCUGCCCAUUUUUUUGGGGGGGGGGUUAAAGACAGGCUGUAGCCAUGGGCAUAGCCAGGAUUUACAGUAUUUUAAGGGGGAGGCAGGCUUUAUGCUGGGGGGCGGGGCAAAAUCAAAAUACCUGCAAUACAAUCAGGCAGCUAGUUAAGCAUUUCUGUUUAUUUACUUAAUGGGGGGCAGCUGCACCGCUGUGGCUACGCCCAUGGCUGCAGCUGGUGUAUCAGGCUUAACCACUUGAAGGUGCUGCAUGCCGUGGGUGGCCCAUAAAUCCCCACUGUAUCCAGCCCCAUCCAGAACAGUUUGGACAUCUCCCUGUUCUAUGAAUUGCACACUAACAGUGAAACAGAAACUAGGUCAGUCUAAAACCUGAUAAGGAGCAAUAAGCUGAAGCUCAAUCCAGAUAAGAUGGAGGUUUUGUUGGUGGGCAAUUUAUCUUCCUUGUGGUAUUAACUGCAUAGCAAAUUAUCAUUCAUUUUUAAACUUUGCAUAGGAAAACAUUUGAUUUUGUUACAAUAUUUAUUAUUGUAUUUUAUGUUGUUGUUGUUAUUUAUACCCUGCCCAUCUGGCUGGGUUUCCCCUGCCACUCUGGGUGGCUUCCAAUACAUAUAAAAACAUAAUAAAGCGUCAAACAUUAAAAAAUACAUUUGUGUAAAUUCAUUUACUUUUUUUAAAAAAAAGAUUAAAGUAAUGGAUUUUAAAAAUAAUUAUAUAUAUUUUUUAAGAAUUUCAGAUGCCUGACACGUUGAACUCAUGGUUUUUAGUAGCACAGCUUCACGUCUGGUAAGCAAAACUUUAAAGCUAUAUUUUCUGCCCCUCAAAAGCUGUAUUUUCUGAAUUCUGCAACAUCUAUACCAACUACAGAAGUCUGUCACUGCUAGUGACAAAAAUAUUGGACUUGUGGGCAGUUUUUUAAAAAACAAAGGUCAAAGAAGCCUAAUAUUUGUAGUUAUUUCUAAAGUCUAGUAGGGGGAAGGAUAUGGCUAGGAAUAACUUUAAAAUAAAUAAAUAUAUAAAGGUUUCAUUCACCUUGAAUGGAAAGGUCUCUUAUUUAGCUGUUAUAGGAAAAUCUCACAUUUACGUAAAAGUGGUUUGAAUUGUGAGAACCUGUGGUGAUUUUACUUUCUGGUUGUCAGAAGCCUUUAACAAAUUAUACCAUUGACAUUUACAUUUGCACCUCUAAAAUGUACCUACAGAUUAAGUGAAUGCCAGGUUGGUUGCAUGUAGAAUAUUUAACACCUCAGAAAGUGAGUUUUUCCUUCAUUUGUUAAAUAACUGGCCAAGAAAAAUAAUUAGGCAAAAUAUAGUUUUCAUCUAAAGUUACGUGUUUGAAAAGGUCAAAGUGAUAUAGCAAGGAUGCAGAAGGAAGGAAAUUAUUUUUCCAAUUGCUUGCCUCUCUGAAAGUUAAUAGCACUAGAUUUGAGUCUACCAAUAUAGACACUCAAAAGGUGUCACCGAACAAAGUGUAACCACAUGACCCAGAUAGCAUGUGUACUUUUUUUUUCAUCUCUCCUUUUCCAAGCUUUCUCAAUUACUUCAGGGUUCCAAAUGAUAUUAUGAACUUUAUUCCAGUGGUGUGUGGUGUUAGCUUACAACAGGCAUUCAGAAAAUGAGACAGCUGAAAGAUUAAAGUGUGUAUGCAUCUCAUGAGUGCAUUUAAGAAAGUCCCUUAUUAGAGCACAUUCAUCACUGGUUUGGGGAAAUAAAGGUGUGACACAGAGACACAUGAAUCCUGAGCUAAUAUAGGGUGCUUUGGGGGGAUUUUGGUUAUGUCCCAAGGUGAACUGGGGAUCUGACCAGGUACCUGAAGUAAAGUGAGGUCCUGUGGUGCCUCAGUUAUUAAGAUGUCUAAAAAUGUUGCAGAAAAGUUUCUGCUAACAGCAAAACUAAUGUAUUUAAGCUUACAUUGAAAGGGAAAUACUAGGUAGGCUGUGAGGGAAGGGAGAGUAGACACCAGGAUGGGAAGCUAAGGGGGGAAAUGCUCUCUUGUGAUUGACAGGUCAAGUUUGUAAUCAAAUGGAAUUGUUUUACUUUGACUCUCCAGUCUGUGUUCUUGAGGAGGAAUGUUGCCGUAUAUGAGCAAAAGCGCUGAAGCAUAUAUCUAUCUUGUUUAUUUAAUUAUUUUUAAUUAUUUAACAAACUUAUAUUCCACUUGAUUGGAAAUAGACUCUCUAAGCGGUUUACAAGAAACAAGCAUUAACAUUUUAAUAAAAGACAAAAUAUUUAAAGAAUUCAAAUACAGUGGUGCCUCAGGUUAAGUACUUAAUUCGUUCCGGAGGUCCGUACUUAACCUGAAACUGUUCUUAACCUGAAGCGCCACUUUAGCUAAUGGGGCCUCCUGCUGCUGCCGUGCCGCCGGAGCACAAUUUCUGUUCUCAUCCUGAAGCAAAGUUCUUAACCUGAAGCACUAUUUCUGGGUUAGCAGAGUCUGUUACCUGAAACAUAUGUAACCUGAAGCGUAUGUAACCCGAGGUACCACUGUACAGUGGAACCUCAGUUUUCGAGUGUCUUGGAAGCUGAAGGAUUUGGAACCCAAAUAUGAAAAGCCCAGAAGUAAUUGCUUCCCUUUUCGAACAUGCCUUGGAAGUUGAACAGCUUCCGAGGUGCGUUUCUCAAUUUUUUCAAUGGAUUUUAACGACUGCCCAUUGAUCUUCAGUUUUUGAAUGUGUCGGAAGUUGAACAGUCUUCCAGAACAGAUUAUGUUCGAAAACCGAGGUUCCACUGUAUAAUUAAAAUCAACAGUUAAGACGAAACAGCUUAAAUCAUAUGCAUUCAUCACAUGCAUGUCUGGAAAGACCUGCCUGAACAAAAAUGUCUUAAUAAGGCGCUGAAAAGAAUACAGCACUGGUACCUGCCUGGUGUCAAUAGGCAGGGAGUUCAGAAGUGUGAGUACUGCGAAAAUAAAAGAUUGUUUCCCCACCCCACCCCACCCCCGGUACCUAUUUGUUUGUUUGUUUCAUACAAUUUAUAUACCACCUGUAGAAAAAAAAAUCAAAGCAGUUUACAAAAAUGAUAAAACAAUGAAAUUAUCACUAAAAAUUUACAGCCAUAAUUUAAAACAUAGAGAAAGUAAAAAUCACAAUAGACUAAAACAAAUAAAAACUCAUACUAACUUUAAGUGAUUCCUUUUUUAUCUCCCCUCUCCGCGCAACUGCAAUGGCUACCCUUGCUGGAAAACCACAGCUUGUAUCCUUCUGGAAUUUGUCAGAAUUCGCUCCCUAAUAAGGAUAUACAAUUUGCUUAAAUUCCACACACACACACCCCAAAUAAAAGUUACAGAUCUUUCAUUUUGAGUGCAACACAAAAAGCCCCGGAGCAAGUUGCCUGCACUGUGACAGGCUUUAUUUAUCCACCCUGGAGCAGGGGCAAGGGAAGCCUUCCUUUUUCUGAAGUGGACUGUGCCUUGGACCCUGCACCAAAUUUAAGUUGAAACUGAAUCUUGUGGCCAGAAACCAAUUUUGCAAGUUGCUUUGGGUUACAUUUUGUAAAUAAAAUUGACUAAUAAGUGCAAUAAAUAAUAAUAAAUAUAAUGAUCUUAUCCUCUGAAUGUUCAUUCUUCAUUGCUGCUGUUAGACUCACAGAAUUGCUAGUAACUAGCUCUGUAGAUGGCCAUCACAGCAGCCGAAAGCAGCCAUGCUAAUUGCUGUACUUGUAUUUUAAAAUGUAAGUGUUGAAUGUAUUCCAAAUAUUUCUGGUACCCUUGCAGCUAAUUACAUCUCAAUGAUACUUUAAUCAUUCAAGCUAUUAUGUGUUGCCUGCAUUCACAGCUCAGAUUGCACUUUGCCCUAAGGCUGAAGAUGCCAGGUUGAGGCAGCCCUGUGCUCGUCAAUUUCAUUGUGCAAACCUCCUUUGUUUACCUCUUUCUAAAAUGCUGAACAGGAGGGUGGGAAACUGUGAUGUUUUAUUAGAGAGCUCUAGCUGCUUAAUGGUGACUAAAAUAAAACCCCCAAAACAAAACUGAGGAUGGCUAUCCCAAGAGAUGGAUAGUACUCAGAAGCCGUCUUCAGUGGGCAAGUACAAGCCAUGCAUUUUGGACACACAUCCUACAGCUUGCACACCAAUUUGCUCCAGGCUGAGGUGUUGGAAACCAAAGAUAUCUGAGGGCCAAGCUAGUCAUUAAAUGGAUCUUUGCAUUUAAUUAGCAGGUUUAAAAAAAUGCAAAUGGCAUCAGCUGAAGCAUGAUAAUUAUUAGGAAUGCAGCAGGUAAGGAGAGGAAGUGCCACCUGAAAGGUUGCUUUUUCCUGUUGAUACCUGCCUGUAGGUCUGUGAACCACCCUGAGACCUACGGGUAUAGGGCGGUAUACAAGUUCUUUCAAUCAAUCAAUCAAUCAAUAUCCUCUCUUGAGGCCCUGUUAUAUGUUCCACAGAUAUAUGCCCAUAGCAUAGAAUAAACUUGCCCUGUUCAUAUUUCUAAGGUAAUUAUCCUUUUAAAAUAACAUGGAUAGUCUUUUUUAAAAUCCCAGAUACUGUAUUAAUACAUCUCUAAAGCAAAACUUCCCUAUACUCAAAAUAUGGUUUGGUUGUUGAAUAAUUGAAUAUAUUACAAAACAUGACCUUAUGGUAAAACAAUAAAAAGUUUUGCAGCUGUGUUGAUGUAGUUAGAAAAUCUAAGAACCUGUGUCAUUUAACCUCAAGUGGCAGUUGUUGUAAACGAGGUACUGUUUUUUAAAAAAUAAACUCUCCAGAUUCCAUGACCUCAUUCAGGGUGCUGCAACACUGCUCUGUGACAGCACUAAACAUCCAAAUAUACAGCAUCUUUUAAAGCGUUGGGCUAAGUGUUACUUGAAAAAAACACUUGGUUCUUGUUCCAUCAGUGAGAGCUUAUGGUGCUUGGUCUCUGCCACUUUUGGAUCCUCUUUUUGUUGUUGUUGUUGUUGUUAUUAAUACAGGGGACAUUUGACAAAAGUUUUAUAGUAAAAACGGGCAUGUCCAUGGUCCCACGGAGCUUAUAGUGGUGCUUACGUUGUUAUCAGACACACUGCUGCUCUAUAUUCCUGGACCAUGCACCAGUUGCAUCUCCUUUUUUGUCUCCCCUUUGUACUUCUCAUACUCUCUUAAGUCAAAAUUUCCAGAAUCUAAUGUGUUUCCUUUGCUAUCCUCUAGGAUGUGUUUAGUACGAAUGAAGCAGGAAGGACGAACAGGAAAAUACAUGUGUCGCUAUAUAGUUCAUUCUAUGUGGGAAGAUGUUGAGCAACGUGGGAAGGUCAUGGGAGUAAGUAGUCUUUGGCACAGAUUUCUUUAUCACAUGACUGUCAUGUUGUGUCGGUGUCAGGAAGCUAGUGCUUCAGAAUUCAGAUUGCCUUAGCCAUGUGGUCCAUCUAAAAUUUUACUAUUUAAUAUAUUUGUAAGAAUAACUGAGCAGAAGAGUGAACAGAUGAUGUUUCCAAUGAUCUUUUAUCACGUGCAAGUACAGCUAGCCAUAAACUUCAUCUUAAGCUAAAUUUAAAUAUCUCACACUGAGGUAACUGCAACAGCUAAUAUGUAUUCAUCCAUGUGUUUUUGUUUUUUGCAUUUAUAUCCCACCUACCUUGCCUUCAAGGAGCUCAAGGUGGCAUCCCCUCUCCAUUUUAUUUUCACCACAGCCCUGUAGGUUGUUAGGUUCGGCUGAAAUCCUUAGCAUAGCUGUGUGAGAUUAGCAGGCAACUCCUCAACCAUUGGAGAGUAGGUAGGCAGACCUUGGCAAAAUGAGGUAUGAAGUGAAGGCACAAGACUGGGGGUGAUCAUCAGUGAGCUGCGCACAAGUGAGCUGAAGCGAGCUGCUCGCUAGCCCUGUGGAGGCUCCUUUUAUUGAGACAUAUACGCAAGCCAGGCAAAUACAUUUUGGGCUGUGACCUUUACACAUCUUCCGUCCCGAGAUCGAGGGGUAGUACAAAGUUAUUUUGGCACCUGUUUCCACAGCAUCAUUUUCCCUUUGCACAGUGUAUGACGAAGGAGACAAAAGGUCUCAGAGACAAAGGUUACAGACAGGACACCGCAGACUGCUGAGACCGCAAAAGGUCAGACAGAGGGAACGAUGUACAGACAGCUGUGGCUUGUCUGGGGGGGGGAUGUGCCCCACACCCCAAGGUCACGUGUGCAGGCAGACUGUGACUGCCUGCUGGUGGGGAGUGUGCUCCCUCCGGACCCCACUGCCCACUCCGAAACAUCCCUACAGAGGUAUAAAUGCUAGGUUUGACCAACUGGCCAGUGAUUUCUUGUUGCCAGCAAUAAUCUAAUGAUGGUGUCCAGUUAUUGCACUGUGGAUUGAUUCUUUUCCUUGAUGGAAAAAAAUUGCAUUCUGACUACUUCUACAGAAUGGACAGCAGUUGCUAUGACUUCAUGGGUUGCUGUAGAGAGGUGUUAGCCACUCUCUUAGACACUCCCAUCAUUCCGUACCUGAGAAAAAGUCAGCUUGCUGCUCCUAAGAUGUACUCACAGUGGAGGUUUUCAAAUCAUACUUCCAGCCCGUAAAAAAGUGUGCUGCCUAAUGCUGAGAACUAAUUAUAGUAAGCAGCAGUCAGAGCAUUGGAAGGUCAAGGAUAUACAAUCAGCUGCCCAGAGCAACAAGCUAACAAUUAGCUAAUCAAGCAGUAUUUAUUUCAGAAAGUCAAAUCCAAUCAAAUUAUGCUUUCUGAAAAUAUGCUCAAUUUAGUCAGUUUUACCAAUGUGAUUUAAAAGGCAAAGCCUGACAUGUAAUAAAGGGGAAGGCAAAAAGAAGAAGAAAAAGAAAAAACCCUCCUGCCAUUGCCAUGGGAUAUUUUUUAUAAGGUAUUCAGUUUUACUUUCUCAGUAGUAAUUCUACCAACUCAUAGUUAAUGAUGUGAAGGCCUGGGGGAAAACAUGGAAAUAUUUUUUCAAGAACUUUAAAAUAAUUUUCCAGUGGGAACACUGAAAAUUUUGGGGAACACUAGAAGGAGAAAAUUUCUCAUGCAAUAUUUUUUUCUCUUUGAAUGAGUGAUAUGGUUUUUAAGAAAAGGAUGUAUAAUAUUGUUAUUUUUAUAUCAGAUACUCUACAGUAGAGUGCCUUAUUCCUGAGUAAACUGUAGGCAUAUAUAGCACACAAAUUCCUUAUGCAUUUCUGAAUCUAGAGAGCGCUGCCAUCAUGAUGAAAAGACCAUACAUGGCCUAGUUUUCUUUGAAUUGCUCCUUGCUUCCUUCUGGUGAUGGUUGAUUUAGUUUUGAGAUUCUAGAGCAAUUAUUCUCUGUGGCUUCGAAAUCUCUGGAAGUGUUGCAUCUCCAAAUGUAGCCAAGAUUGAAGUUCAAAACAUUGCUAUUUCCUACCUGAGAAAUAAAAAUACUUGUACAAGAAAAAAAUAUUGCAAACCUAUGGAUCAUUGAUGAGGAAGCUGAAGCCUUCCAGAUGUUGUAGGAUUCCAGCUUCAUUGACCAUUCUGGCUGGAGCUGAGGAGAGUUGGACUCUCAACAGCAUUUAAAGACUCUCUGGUUCCCCAGCCCUGCUAAUAGGGAUGGGGAUGUCUCAUUUUGCAAACUAUUAUACCUGCUUUAUUAAUUAAUUUAGAGGAUCAUUUAACUAUAAUGAGACUUUGUGUGGUUGAAACUACUGCAAGCUUUAUUUCAGUUAUGGGUUAGUAACAAAGAAGAAAAUGGAGUGGUAUUGAAAGACAGAGUGUAGAUUGAAUAACAUUUGUAAAGCCCUAAGUCCUUGUCCUUUUUGUAGAUAGAUAUCUGGCACUGGCUUCUUAAGCUGUAUAUGAAGGCCAGAAUAAAACAUGUGAAGUCAUUGUUUGCUUUAUACAUAUUUUUCUGAAUUUUCACAUACAGAAAAGUUCAAUUAUUAUUAAUUAUAUUGAUUAUAUUAAUAUUACCUGAGAAUUUUUGUUAUUGUUAGCUUGUAAGGAAGUCUGAUUCCAUAGUUUUCUUGUUCUGCUGACCCAAACAAUGAUGUUCCUUAAAACAGAAGGACUCACUUUUAUGUUAAGAAUUCAUGGCAGAGAAAGUAAACUAGCUCAAAGCAACGAGUGCUCAUUCCAGAACAUUGAUGAUACCUUUCUAGGCCAAAAGGGGGAUUUCAACCUAUGAAACUUGUUUACUCAAAGUUAGAAGGACUUCUGACUUUCAGAAUUUUGAUUUGAGAUCUAUCCGUUUUGAGUUCUAUACAAAAGCAUAAAUCGGUAAUUUCAUACUAACAUAGCAUAUAGAUAUAGGAGUAUAAGUAACAGGCACAAGGAAGGUCAGCUAUACUUUUACAAAGAAACCCCAUUUAGGGGAAAGCUUUAUGAAGAAAUUAUAAAAAGGUCUGUAGUUAAUUGAAAUACUUUUGAAAGAUAACUAUGCUGAAGAAAAUAAAACUUAGAUAAUAUUUUGGCAAGGCAAGUGAAACAUUGCUUUCAUAGCUGGCAAUGUGUAGAGAAAAUGGAUGUUAAAAUUAUAUAUUUCAGAUCUGGUGGCUUUGUUUAGUUUUAGAACAUGCCAUCUGGUAUUACAGAUGUAAGGAUAGCAUGGUUUGAACCAAUGCAAUCCAUUGCAUUUUCACUUCAAAUUUAUGCUUAUCCCUGUUUUAAAUGGUGUAUUAAUUCAUAGACUAGUUGUUAAAAUUGUUGCAAUCUGAAUCUCAGCUGCAAAGUUUUGGGACCCUUUAACCUGGGCUCCUUCAGCACUCUUGAUUGUUGGCAAGAGUUGAGACCCAAAACUUGACACAGCUGUAAAAACAGAAAGAAAGCCUUUGGCCUCAGCAAUUCUACUGGUGCAGGCAGAUUUCAUAUAUAAAUUUUACUCUCCUGCCCCUAGAACUAAUGAAGUCAGUUUCUUUUGGUGGUUAUGCAGCCAGGUGUGUCCAGUUUUGUGGCUAACCAGUGUUCUUUACUUAAUUUUUCCACUUGUGACUUUUCUACCAAACUUAAAAACAAGCAUGAAAAUUGGCUUGAUGCAGUGAUUCAAAGUAUUACUAGUAACAUUAGGCUCGAUAAAAGAUUUCCUUUUGAUCCUGCUCUGCUCUUGUGUCUGUCAUGCAUUUUAUAGGCAUGAACUGUCUAAUCUGUCAGCUGCUCAGUAGUUUUCAUAGGUGAGAGCCAGGGACAGAACCUGAAAACACAAAUUAAUGCUCUACCUAAACAAAUAAAUAAAUCUGCUAAGAUGCUUCUAGAAAAAGAAAAACCCUGAAUCAUCUUUUCAUUUUCAAAACAUCUGAACUGGGGAUGGGUAGGAUUAAAAUAAAUGGUAGAUGUUCGUAUAUGUCGCUCAGUGAGUUAUAGGCCUGGUUUGGAUUGUCACAUCUUUGCUUAUUAAGCUGAUAUGUUCACAUUGUAACUGAAUAAUCCGUCUUGUUCCAAAAGAUUGUAAAUACAGUUUCCCAGUUCAGACAAAAUGGGAAACCAUGUUUAAUUAGAGUCUUCUUGGUUCAGUCUCUGUUUGCUGUGAAGGAGUUCUUGCAUGGGCAAAAGGUUUUGUAUAUCUCAGCUUAAUAAAUGGAGAGAUGUUCAUUUGAAUGCACCUAUAGGCUACUCGCUGAUGUAAAUUUUUAACUAGGAUUUUGGAAGUCUGCUAUGCAAUUGUGCAUGCUCUGCACCCACCCGCCCUGCUUGAUCCCCCCACCCCAAAUCUAUCAAGUGAGUCUCUUGAAUUCACUGACCCCCAUUAAGCUGAUCGCCACAAUGCUUCUGAACACAUAUGGAGAAUCUUGGUGCAUCUGUAGAUUGAUGGCUAUAGCAUGCAAUACCAAACUAGAGAGAAGUAGGAAGCACAGAAUCCCACAACCUGUUCCUGAUCCCUAAGCCCUAGUUAUUUUUUAUUUCUGCCCCAGUCCUUAGAAAUGUUAUCUUCUGCUUAAAAUUUCAAAGCUCUCACUUUCUAUACAGAAACUUAAAAACUGUGGAAAACAUGACUUAAAAUCACAUCUGAAAUACGCAUUCCUAAUGGCAAACAUCUUUCUAACAAAAACCUUGCCUUCAAGUUGGAGUGCUGCUCUUAUCCCACAACGUACAAGACUUGUUUGUUCAGUGUAAAAUCCUGAUUUGUAGCUGAGCCUGUUUUAAAAGCUGUACAAGAUGAUAGGAGCAGGAAGAGGCCGUCCAGCCCAACAUGCCAACCGCAUUUUAAUUUAACUUAAUCCCACCUUCCUGCUUUCCCACCAGACCACUCAGGCCCCUCCUUUUCCAGAAACACAUCUAAGUGUCUCUUGAAUUCAUUUAUUGGCCCUGCACUGUGGAGUACAAUGAAGUCUUUGUUAUGUUUUUAGGUAGAGCUAUUUAUACACAGUAGCCCCUAUUCUAUAUUCAGUUACUCUGGAGUGGUUCAGAUGAAGUUUACUGGGAUUACUUCAUAUUACACCAGAGCAGCUAAAAGGAGAGUCUUGCCUGAUGUUCUGCAAUUAAUUGAAAUAAAACUCAUGCGUCUUUCUUUCUUUCUUUCUUCUCUCCCCCCCCCCCAACAGUACAUUGAGGAUUACCGUAUUUUUCGCUCCAUAGGACGCACUUUUUCCCCUCCAAAAAUGAAGGGGAAAUGUGUGUGCGUCCUAUGGGGCGAAUGCAGGCUUUCGCUGAAGCCUGGAGAGCGAGAGGCAUCAGUGCGCACCGACCCCUCUCGCUCUCCAGGCUUCAGGAAGCUAUCCGCAAGCCUUGCAAGCCCGGUGGGAGUUCCCGCGGGCUCACAAGGCUUGCAGGCAGCAGCCUGCAGCCCCGGCGAGUGUCCGCAAGCCUUGCGCGCCCGGCAGGAGGUCCCGCCGAGCGCGCGAGGCUUGGGGCGGCAGCUUGUCGCCCGAGCACGGGAGCCCUCCGGAGGGCUCCCGUGCUUCAGGCGAGUGUCCGCAAGCCUUGCGCGCCCGGCAGGAGGUCCCGCCGAGCGCGCGAGGCUUGGGCGGCAGCCUGUCGCCCGAAGCACGGGGAGCCCUCCGGAGGGCUCCCCUGCUUCGGGCGAGUGUCUGCAAGCCUUGCGUGCCCGGCAGGAGGUCCCGCCGAGCGCGCGAGGCUUGGGGCGGCAGCCUGUUGCCCGAGCACGGGAGCCCUCCGGAGGGCUCCCGUGCUCGGGCGAGUGUCUGCAAGCCUUGCGCGCCCGGCAGGAGGUCCCGCCGAGCGCGCGAGGCUUGGGGCGGCAGCCUGUCGCCCGAAGCACGGGAGCCCUCCGGAGGGCUCCCGUGCUCGGGCGAGUGUCUGCAAGCCUUGCGCGCCCGGCAGGAGGUCCCGCCGAGCGCGCGAGGCUUGGGGCGGCAGCCUGUCGCCCGAAGCACGGGGAGCCCUCCGGAGGGUGCCCCGUGCUUCUUGCAGGUGUGCACAAGGCUUGGGGCGGCAGCCGCGGCGGGGGGGGGGGGUAAUUUUUUUUAUUCAUUUCCCCCCCAAAAAAACGAGGUGCGUCCUAUGGGCCGGUGCGCCCUAUAGAACGAAAAAUACGAUAAUUUAUAGUAACACUAGACUAUAAUGGCACUAGAGGUUAGUAUACAAAUCACAGUCUUAAUCUCUUUCAUAGAUACCACACUUCCAAUUCAGAAGGAUCUCUCCUGGUUACAAACAGAUCCAAUCAUAGCAAGGAAAGGAAUCAGUAAAAUCAGUCUGAAUGGAUAAUUAUCACAGGACCAAACAAUGUAACCCAGAACCACUUAAUUGAUAGUACUGUUGCUUUUCUCUAUAUGAGCAGGAGAGUAAAAACUGCCUAAUUCACAUGUCACAGUAAGCCAGUAUUGCUGGCUUAUCAGAAACAGGCAGUGUGCUAGUGCAUGUUUUCCAGUUGCUCUCACUUGCUCACGCUAAGGGAGGAGCAAAACACCAGGAAACCGCAAUUAAGCUUGGCUUCCCAUUACAUCCAACCCAGGAUCCUAGUUUGUUGCUCUCUACCAUGCCAUUUUUAAAAAACUUGAAAUUGCUGACUUCUGAAAGAGCAACAGACUAUGGUCCAGGGUUUGGACAGUAUAGGAAGCAAUGUUUAAUUGAGGCUUCUAGUUUCUGCUGCUCAUGCUGCAUAGGAGUGAAAUAGGAACCAUUGGGCAGCAUGCAGGAACACACUGCUCAUUUCUGGUAAACUAUGAUAAGCCAGCAAUCUUGACAUAUGGUGACAGGAAAACAUGGUCACUGUGUUCCCUCAUGUUCGAUCCCAGUGAAAGGCUAGACUAAUGCACAGAAACAAUGGGAUAAUGGUGACUUUAAACUGCAGCUAAAUUUAUGGAAACCCAUGUGGUAAGUUAGCAAUACAUAUCUGGAGAGCUUUCAGCCCCCAAAAUAAAAGGAGGGUAAGUUUAACAAGGGAAACAUUUGGACCCAUGCAGUGAGUCACUGCAUAUGAACAAUAGAGCGCAUAAAAAACUUCUACGUAGUUUCAUUUAAAACAGUGGCAGGGUGACUGCUUGUGUGAAUUUGGCCAUUUGCGGUGCUUGGAAUGAACUAUUCCGGUUUAACCAAGUUCACAAAAUUCAUUUUAAAAUCUCAGAACUACAUCUGAAAGCAGUUCCCAUAAUUGCAGGUGAACUGAACACGAAUUAAGUCCAUUUUGGGGUAGAACUUUGAGGUGUGUGUCUCUCUCUCUCUCUCCAUCAUUAAUUUUUAGAAGGAAUUUGAAAACUUUCUUGUUUACCCAGGCAUUUGGUGAAUACUAAAGAAUGCUGUUUGCAACAACCCUGAGAUCACUGGAUGGAAUAAUAUUUUUAACUGUAGCUGUUUUUAGAAUACUUUAACUGUUUUAGAAUUCUUUUUUGAAAUGUGGGUAUGUUUGCCACCCUGAGUUUUCAGGAGGAGAGGUGAGGUAUGAAUUCAAUAAACAAAUCUUCACUAUUGAAGAUACAGUAUUCGAGUUGUUCUCUCAACUUGACAAAGUAUGGAAACUAUUUCUCAUUUGUUGGUUUUCUUCUUUGAAUUACCCCCAAGAUCUUGCCUUAUUCUUCAUGCAUUUACUAAAACCCUGGAGGGAUAUCAGGAUCACCCUAGCUGGCUCUGAGCUCUGCACAUUUACUGUUCUUUUCCACAACCUUCAUACAUUGGGUGAGAGAUGAGAACAGGUCCUGCAUACACAAUUUUACAGAUGUAGGGCCUGUAUGAGUGAUGUGAAACCAUGUUCACACAUACCUGUUCUCACACUGUACCCAAUACGUGGAGGUUGUGGGACAAACAGCCACAGUGCCACUUCUCUCAAGCCUGCGGAGAGCUCAUGUCUAUUAUUCUUAGUCCCUCCUGAUCUGCAUCCCAAUGAAGGUGCAUGUCUGGCAAAGAAAACUAAUCCAGUGUUAGAUUUUGCAUGUAAAAGGUAAAGGUCCCCUGGAUGCAAAAUGCUUCCAUCAGUCUCUUCUAUUCAGCCUGAACAGCCUUGGUUUUUUAUUUUUUAUACCAAAAAUGCCAGUCAAAGCCCACAGAUCUGCCCUCACUUCACUGCAGAUUUCUAUUGGGUAUAUUUACUAUGGGAAUGGCAAUUCUAGCUCCAGAAUUGCAGCUAAUGAGUACAUACUGGAGAUAGUAGACCAAGCAAAGGGGGAGGGGGACUGUGAGAGUUGUAGGCUCAUAAUCCAAACAUCCACUUCUUACAGUUCUGUCUUUUGUGCUACUCUUCUCUUACUUGUGGUCAGAAGCUAUAAUGUUCAUUAGGAGUGCCAAUACAUCUCAAUCAGUAAGUCAGUAUAGCGAGGGUGGCUUAUAUAGAUUUCUUGGAAUUGCCUCCACCCAAAGCCACAUAUUUGUAUGGAACAGAUUCCAUGCUUCAAAAGGUCAGUUCCUAGUGGUGGGAAGAUGGGCUGGUAUAAACAGUAGUGGGUAGCUCAUUGGUUACUGUGAAAGGGCUUUUCAUUGGUAACUUGUCUAUGAAAGGUCAAAUAGAAUUUACAUCAUUGAAAAUUAUGGGAAACUAUGACAGAGGUAUAGCCACAUGAGAAGGUGCUAUGAGGUGAUGUUCCACAUACUGCUUCUGAUCACCCUGUGUUCUCCUGAUUUAGCAUCAGGGCAUCAUGAUUGAGCCCUCAGAUUCAUUUUUUCAGAAGUGCCAUGACCCUCCCUCUUGUGAACUGUUGUAGAAUCAUAGAAUUUAAGAGUUGGAAGGGGACAGCCCCCUGCAAUGCAGGAAUCUUCUUGCCCUACGCAGGGCUUGAACCCUCAACUCAUGAGAUUAAGAGUCUCAUACUGUAUUGACUGAGCUAUCCCAGAGAAGAUCUUGCUCCUAGAGCUCAACCAUACUGUCAUUCAGUGUUGAUAGUACUCUUCUUGUGCCUCCAUCAACCUGCUGUUCAUAUGAUGCUCUACAUAUCUCUGCCUUUCCACACCCUCCCUUGUUGCUACUUCUUUUUCCUUUCUAAAGUUUCUAAACCCAUUAUUUCUUAAGGUCUCACAUUUCUCCAGUAAUUCUCCAGUUGUGCUCUCAACUUCUUUUGACAUCCAAAUGUAUUGUUUCUCGUGUGUGUGUGUGUGUGUGUGUGUGUGUGUGUGCAUGUCUUUAAUCCUUCCUUUCCUGACUGCACUGUUUCCCACUUUCUGUUACAUAUCAUUAAAUUACAUCCCAGCAUCCAUCCCACUACUUCUGUUGGUACAUUUACCGUAUUUUUCGCCCCAUAGGACACACUUUUUCCCCUCCAAAAAUGAAGGGGAAAUGUGUGUGCAUCCUAUGGGGCGAAUGCAGGCUUUCGCUGAAGCCUGGAGAGCGCGAGGGGUCGGUGCGCACCGACCCCUCUUGCUCUCCAGGCUUUGCGCAGAUCUCCGUAAGCGGCUCCCACGGCUUGCGGAGAGUUGCCUGCAUGCUGAAGCCUGGGCGCGCUGAGCUCAGCGCACCCAGACUUUGCGCAGCUCUCCGCAAGGUGCGGGAGCCCGGCACUGGGCUCCUGCGGCUUGCGGAGAGUUGCCUGCAUGCUCUCCCCUGUGCUGGGCUCCCACGGCUUGUGGAGAGUUGCCUGUUCUGGGUGCUGGGGUCGGGGGAAGCUCGGGCUUCCCCCGACCCAGCCCCGCGCCUGGGGGGGAAAUAAUUUUUUCCCCUUUAUUUCCCCCCCAAAAAACUAGGUGCGCCCUAUGGGACGGUGUGUCCUAUAGGGCGAAAAAUACGGUAAAUUCCUAGCAUAGCUGCCCCUUCAUUUGUAUAGCUAACCAAACUCCAAGAUCUCACCACUCUUUUUCUGCAGCAUGUGUUCUAGAUAAUAGAUUUUCAGCUGAUGGGUUGGGACCUGCUGCAAUGUUAUAACCCUGUAGAGACCUAGAACAAGUAUACAAUAUACAGCAUUUGCCAAAAUCUCUAAUUCUGCUCCUCAGAUUUUGAAAAUGGUUUUUGAAUUUUAGGUUGAGAUCUGAAAUUUAGCCUGUGUUCUGGUGCUUUUCAUUUGUUAGCUUCUGGAUUUCAUUUUUGAAAUGGACAGGCCAGCUUUACAAGGGAACUGGAAGGAGGCUGCUGUCCUCCCUUGUCCACUGAAAGCGGCCCAGGAAUGAGCCAGUAGGAGGAGCUGAGUGAUUCUCAAGCUGCUGCAGGCCAGAUGUUACCUGCAAGCCACUAUUUGCCCACCUCUUGCUUAUAUGUAUUUCAUCCACACCAUUAAAUACCAGCAAAUACAACAUGACAUAGAAAUCUCAACUGUUAAAUAAAACAUUUGUCAGCAAAUACCAUGAUGUACAGAUAACGUAUGGUAAAUUAUACAGCAGAGUAUUUUAAGAGAGAGAGAACAAACUUGCAAAUUGCAGCUGUAUUCUGAACCACUUGAGCUCAAUUAUGUUAUUGCUUAAGAAAACUAGCUGGGGAAGACGAUCCUUCUCUCUGGGAUUGUGGUGGUGGUAUCAAUCAGCUGCCUAAAAGUAUAUCAUAUCAUUAAAUGAGAUCCAGAUAACAUGCAAAAGACUACAUAUCAGUGUUAUGUGCUAAUCACUUAUAUCCCCCAUCUAUAAACUGAGGACAUAAAGUAAUUUAGCUACAACAUCUUAAAGCAAAGCUUUAAGUAAGCAGUUAGUUCUGCAAGUGAAUCAAUGAAUGACAACCAAUUUAUCAUAAAUGUUAUCUCAUUUGUUUUCCCUGAUAAUGAUGAUAUACUUUCCUAGCUUAGCCAUGUGUACUCUUAUCUUACCUUCCCCUCAAAGAUGUUAUGAAUUGUCACUCUGUGCUUCUCACUGCCAGUCCCAUUCAUUUAAAUGGGAUAUUAAGCAUGUGCUUAACUCUGUCACCGAACUCUGCAGUGCUUUAAGGUGCUUAAACUUGGCUAGAUUGAACCACAAAUGUGCAAGUUUGAGGCCUGUUAAGAAAGCCCAGCAAAUAAAACGCAGUUGGUAUUUUGGCACUGGCAAUCUUUAUUUUGUUGUGGCAAUUUUUGCUACAAAUUAAGAAUCACAUACAGUGGUACCUCAGGUUAAGUACUUAAUUCAUUCCGGAGGUCCGUACUUAACCUGAAACUGUUCUUAACCUGAAGCACCACUUUAGCUAAUGGGGCCUCCUGCUGCCGCCACGCCGCUGGAGCACAAUUUCUGUUCUCAUCCUGAAGCAAAGUUCUUAGCCUGAAGCACUAUUUCUGAGUUAGUGGAGUCUGUAACCUGAAGCGUAUGUAACCUGAGGUACCACUGUACCGCCAAAAGAUGAACACAGCUAAAGAGCAGAUGAACACUUUAUCAUAAAGGGUCCUUUGCACAUAAUUUUUUUCAACGGAAUUGAACAAACAUUUUGGAGAUUUGCAGAAACUGUUGCAUUGGUGGGACAUAAGUUUUGCAACAAAGGUACAAUGUGUUUACAUAACGUAUAAACAAAUGUUUAAAACUUAAGAAUCCUCCAGGAUUCUCGACAUCUUACUGUGUAACUUUUUUGUGGUUCACUUUCCUUCUUUUCCUUUUAGUUGAGGGCAGAAGUAGGGCAGAGAAGUAAUUUUUAUUCACUUCAGAAAGGUUAUAGUAAUAAAGGAACUCUUGUUAACAUCAGAGAGCAUGGCAGCCAGGAGUUUUCACAGUCUGGCAUUGUUUAUUUUACCAGCAAUUUGGAACCUUCUGCACUCUUAAAAUAUUGGCAAGAAAAUAUUUAACUGUUAACUGUUUUGUGGCAAGCAUGAAUAUGAUGCCUUGGGUAGGAGGAGCGCUUAAGGGGAGCUAAGCUUUAUUUGAUUUAGAAAUCCCUCUACAUUUGAGAGAGGAGGGGGAAAUCCUGCAGUGUAUAUGACAAUAUUUCAAGGCUACAUAUGAAACUUUCACUUUUACAAAUGCAAUGUUCAAAUAUAACAAACGUUAUGGGCAAACAUUGUAAUGUGACUAGAGAUUGAAACGGUUAAGACAAAUGUAUGACACCAGAAGACAUUAGGUGAAAACUUUGAUAAAACACUGUACAUGCUGCCGCCGGAGCAUGAUUUCUGUUCUCAUCCUGAAGCAAAGUUCUUAACCCGAGGUACUAUUUCUGGGUUAGCAGAGUCUGUAACCUGAAGCGUAUGUAACCCAAGGUACCACUGUAUUCAGUAUCUUAUGAUAUAGUUAUAUAUUGGAGCAUGAAAUAACUUCUGUAACCUGAAGCGUAUGCAACCUGAAGCGUAUGUAACCCGAGGUACCACUGUAUUCAGAUGUAUCAAUAAACUAUUAUUUAUUGUUACAGGAACAAUCCAUAACAGUCCUUGGGCUCCCAGGCUUCCCCCUCCCCCCCCUUCUUCUGGUACUACAACCACGAGGAAGCUAUAAGAAACUUUUGUUUCUAUUUUUUAUUAACAGCAGUUUAGCAUUGCACCAGAACCCUACACUGUGGUUAAACUUCGCUAUGGUAUAUUAAAAGAAACCAGCUUCAUAGCCCAAGGUUUGAAGGUGGCUUAUUUCAAUAAACCAUAGUUAAAGUUAAUUUACACUUUGUUCACAUUUAGUUGUAAAGGAAAAAGACAGUUAAUACAGAGUGGAAGGAAAAGCUUCCAGUCUCCUUACAGCCAUGACUGAGGAAGACAGUGGAGGGGGAAGCAUGAGAGCUUGAGAUCUUGCUAUGCCUGAAUGCAGCUAAGGUGUCCCUCUAUAUUGUCCUUGAUACUGCUAAGAAACAAAAAUAAAUUUUAAAUGAGUGCCAUUGAAAUCCUUAGGCUGAGAGACUGGGAAUAGUUCUUAAGCCCUGGAGCUCUACACAUUUACCUAGGAGUAAGUCCAGGUGAAUUAGUGGAACUUACUUCUGAGUGACUUGCUUAAGACUAAAUGGUUUCUUUCUUUCAAAACUAAAUAGAUCUCAGUGGUCUUAUAUGCAGGUAUACUCCAAAAUUGCUAUGAGAUUCUUGGAUAUAACCUUUAAUAUAUACCCUUUGGUGAAAUUCUGAAGAUUCCAUACACCUAGUACAGUAGUACCUCGGGUUAAGUACUUAAUUCGUUCCGGAGGUCCGUUCUUAACCCGAAACUGUUCUUAACCUGAAGCACCAUUUUAGCUAAUGGGGCCUCCUGCUGCCACUGUGCCGCCGCUGCACGAUUUCUGUUCUCAUCCUGAAGCAAAGUUCUUAACCCGAGGUAAUAUUUCUGGGUUAGUGGAGUCUGUAACCUGAAGCAUAUGUAACCUGAAGUGUCUGUAACCCGAAGUACCACUGUAUUUGUUGUUCAUUGCUCCUAAGAAUCCUUGUCUAUUUUGAACCAAAGCAGGUACUGGAGUCCAAGGUCUGUUUUUUGACAAAGUGUGAAGGAGCUUAAAUUUACAGGAGAAAUCCAGUGGCUAUUAGCAGCAUUAGCAUUGAGUAGCAGUUUAAACUUUUCUAGUGCCCUUGACACUUGAGACAAGCUUGUAGUCAGUGAAGUCAUUUCUAUUGAAAGCCAGGUGUUGAGAAUUGCCAGUGCUGGGAAGACGGGAUUGAGAAAAGAAUGUUUCUAAAGAACCCUUCUUUAAGUUUAUUUACUUAUUUUAAUGAGAUGGUGUUUCUCUAGUAUUAACCAGUUUCCUCCAAAUACUGCGAUAGCCCUCUUAAAAAACGUGAUGUUAUCCAGGAUACUGCCCCCCCUCCAAUGUAAGAGUCAUAUUUUUAUUUAUUGCCAUGUUUAUUUAGCUUUGUUAUCUCCUUAUUAAUCUCUUUCUUAAAGCUGCUGCUUUUUGCUUUUAUAUAGUGAGCUGCUCCCCUAGGGAUACAAAGUCCAGGACCUGUCCCUGUAAUGGUGCUGUUUAUUUUCUUUGCCCCCUUGCAAUUGCCUGCUGUAACAUUUGUAGUAUGUGUUAAGUAAUCCUUAAGGUAACAUUUUUAUUAUGUCAUAAAAAGUGCAUGGCAAAUAUAUUAUAACUCAUGGAAUUUGUUUGUUUUAAAAAUGGAAGGAUAAUUUAUUGAGUGUGUUACAUGAGAGCUGCUCCCCCUUAUUAGAGUAUAGAAAUGCUGCUUAUUUAGGAGUAUGUUCUAUUGAGAAAAGCCAUGGUCUCUGACAUGCCUAGAAAGUACAAGCCUGGUUGGCUAAAAGUGACAUCAUAGUUUAUGUACUCAAUAAAAAUUUAAUUAAGUCAUUACAGAGGUUGCAGUCAUCAUUUAACCCUGUGAUUUCUUCUAUUUAGCGCUUUUUUCAUUAAACAUUCAGUAAUAGCCCAGUGACCAAAUCUUGAUGGCCUAUAAAAUAUAUGCAUGAAUUUUCAUAGUUUAUAUAAAUGGAAAAAUAUGAGUAACUGACAUAAAAGAACUUUUUCCUUGUGGUUCCACUGUAUGCGUGUAUUAUAAAAAUAAUGUUAUGAAGGAUAACAGUUUAAUGGAGGACUAUAUAUAAGCCAUAGGUUUGAUAGUAUGACAUGAACUAAUUAGCUGUUGGAGGGGGAAAUUAUUACAAGGCAGUAACCGCAGGGCUAUAUGCAUAUUAAUAGGGCUUUGAUGACAUCAUUGAUGAAGCAGUACUGGUUUCUUUUAUCAAAGUGUUGAGAUUUGUGUAUGGUGUUAUUCAUAGCUUUUUUGUGUGUGUCAGAUUCAGCAACUGAUGGUCCAGCAUGAUCUUUGGGGGCUAGACAUUCAGAUUCUGCUCGGUCUCCCUUUUACUUAUAGUAAAAGGUGGCCCAACAGUAAUCUGCUGCCCCUUCAAACAUUGCUGGAUUCCAUCUCUUGUCAGGCCCAGCCAUCAUGACCAAUAGUCAGCAAUGGUGGGAGUUGUAGCCUAGCAAAAUCAGGACCACCACAGGUAUCCCACCCUGUCAAUGUUGAGUUCUCCAAGUGGCUUCAUGUAGUUUACUUGCCAUAUUAGGAGCCAUAUUUGGAAGAUACUCUUCCUGCCUUAGUUUUGUUUAGUAGUAUAUUGCCCAUGCAUUGCAAAUACAUGCAGAAUGUGGUGCUGAACACGCACCUUUCUCCUUCCUUAUGUAUUCCAAGGCUCUUCUGUGAAAUUUGUUUAUCCAGACAUGUUUCCACCAAACCCUGGCCAACAAGGGUGCUUGUUCUGUUCUAUCUAGAUGUGGGUUGGAUAAGCAAGAAACUGCUCACUUCUGAUUUCCCCAGUACUACUACUGACUGCUGUUUUAUUUUUCAGAUUGAUUCUGCUGCCCUGAAAACGAGUAUGAGAAGCAUGACAGAAAAUUUCUAUGCAGCUAUUUUUGGAUAUGAUGAGGUAAUACUAAUGUAUGCAGACAAGAUAAAUGGCAGGUGCAUAUUAUGCACUACAAAAAAGAUGCAUUAUUUCUGUGCUGAAUAUACUGUGCUUUCCAAACCAUAGAGAUUAUUCCAAUGGAAGUGUGUUUGUGCAUACUUGCUUGUCUUGGCUAAUUUAUUCUGCUUCUGCUAAUGAUGCUCAUUGACUAAAGCUAGGGAGUGCAAUGUGGUCAUAAGGGAGCUGUCUCUUGCCCAUAUCGUGCUGCAUGUUAGUGGGGAAUGUGUUGUUCAUAGGUAGCAUGAAUCUGGGUAAAGAUUUUGUGCCUCAUGCAGACUUUUGUACAACUUGUUUAAUUUUUUUUGAAAUAUAGAGUAUCAGCACCUGAUCCCUGAGGCUACUGAAUCUGCUUCUCAGAACUGUGCUCAAGUUUUCAUUGGUUUCAUCACUAUAUCUGCUGCUUGUUUUUCCUCUGCUAAUAAGUUCUCUGAUGCUUUGUCUUCUCCUACCAAUAAAGGAAGGCAAUGUACACACCAUAAAAAAGCAGUAAUAGUAGUAGUAUUCAUAUGCCACUUACAAGCCAAAACGGCUUCCGAUCUGUUUACAAGUAUAAAAUCAAUUAUAAAAUAUCUACACACAAUUAAACUACACAAUAAAAAGCUAGUUUAAAAGCAUAACAUUUAAACUGUUAUUAUUGGAAAGUUUGAAGCUGUAUUCGUACAUUGCUACACUUUAGAGUCUAGAGAGAAUGUCCAGCUAAAUAGCCAUUUGUAAGGUCUGAAACCACUUCCUAUUUAGUGUUUUCAUUUUCCCAAUUUGCUGUUUUUCUUUCGAUUUAGGGAAUUUUAUCAGAUGAUCAUGUGCUUGCAGCAGCCAUCUGGAGAAAUCUGUUCAAUAAGCAUUGUGAAGACCCAAGGCAGCUGGAAAUAAUGGUGGAAUAUAUACGCAAGCAGGUGGGCAACUAUUUAUAAUGUGGAUGUUCUCACUACAUUUCAAACAAUAUGCAUGCUUGGUGUACUUGCAACUGUGGAAUAAUGGCCUUUCUUCACACACACACCCCAAUUCCUUAACCAUUGUUAAGCCUUUGAAAUCUGUUUCAAACACUAGUUUACGGGCACUUAUUUUCAAACAUGGUUAUGGGCAGCAUUGACACAAUCCUUAACCAGGGGAAAGCAUGUAGAAAUAGCAUAUUUUCCCAUGUAUAACACGACCCCAUGUAUAAGACGACCCCUACUAAAGGGAGCCCAAAAUUUAGAAAUCAUUAUUUUAAAGUUGUUCAGUUUUGGGGGAAAUCACCCCAAAAGCUGUUGAGCUUUUUUUGAUCCACCGCACCUCGGAACAGCCUUGUUUCUCCAGUCAGCUCACCCAGUACUUAUUGUAUAAAUCUGUGUAUAAGAUGACCUCCAAUUUUUGACUAAAGGGAUAUUGUCUUGUACACAGAAAAAUACAGUACAUAGUUCCAAUUCCUUAACUGUGGUUAAGGGAUCAAGUUUUUGUCAACCUACAUAGGCUCAUGUAAGGGCAAUUAUAGAACAAACAAAGAUUCAAAGCCAUAUGGAAAUUGUCCAGUCACACCUAGCAAUAAUUUUACCAUCCUACUAACCAUAUUUUUCAGUACCCUAAUACCCAGUAGAAAUGCUUUUCUAAAUGUAAAGCGUUUUUGCAGGGGUGGGGGGUUGCAAACAUCAUUAAACCAAAAUGAGAUAUAUUCAUUUUAAUGAGAUAGUUAGAGUUUUUGCUUUGUAGAAAGAAAAACCACCCAUAGAAGCAAAAAGGAAAUGGCAUUUGAAUGAUCCCUACCACUAUAAAUGAAAACUGAUAUAUAAAGAAUAAGAUCUGUGGUUUUGGUUACUCUAGAUGCCAAUCACUUGCACACAGGCAAUUGGCAUAAUGGUUAGAGUGUAGGACCUGGACCAAGAAGGCAUAUUGGAGAAAUCAUCAUCAUCAUCAUUUUAUUUGUAUGCCGCCUUUCCAUAGUUAAAACAAUGCUCAAGGCGGAUUACAACAUGACAAGAUUUACAUAAUUACCAACAUAACAAAAGUCAUAAACAAUAAAUAGAACACAUCAAAAGUACACAACCAAAUGGAAAACAAUUUCCACAUAAAUCAUAAAAUCUAAAACUAAGAAUACAGUAUUAAUAUCAAUCACAAUUUUAAAAUGAUAUAGAUAAAAAAUAAUAGCAAUUAAAAAAAACCACCAAAAAAAAACACGGAGGCCUCUCUGCCCAGCAGCAGCAGUAGUCCUUUAUGGAGCCUGUUAGGCCCCGCCCCAAACCAGGUGGAGAGAAGCAGGUCAGUCCUUAGACUUCUGAUCAUCAUUAGACUUCGAAUCCUCGCGAUGGGGUGAGCUCCCGUUGCUCUGUCCCAACUCCUGUCAACCUAGCAGUUCGAAAGCAUGCUAGUGCAAGUACCUAUAUGGGUAGCGCUGCAGCGGGAAGGUAAACGGCAUUUCUGUGUGCUCUGGUUUCCGUCACAGUGUCCUGUUGCACCAGAAGCAGUUUAGUCAUGCUGGUCACAUGACCUAGAAAGCUGUCGGGACAAAUGCUGACUCCCUUGGCCUGAAGACAGAAGAGCGCCACACCCCAUUGUUGCAUUUGACUGGACUUAACUGUCCAGGGGUCCUUUACCUUUUACCUUUACCUAUUUAUCUUACAAAUGUCUGGUUUACUUACUAACACCUGGUGGCGCUGUGGUCUAAACCACUGAGCCUAGGGCUUGCCGAUCGGAAGGUCAGCGGUUCGAAUCCCCACAACAAUGGGGUGAGCUCCCGUUGCUUGGUCCCAGCUCCUGCCAACCUAGCAGUUCAAAAGCUCAUCAAAGUGCAAGUAGAUAAAUAGGUACCGCUCCGGCGGGAAGGUAAACGGCGUUUCCGUGCGCUGCUCUGGUUUCGCCAGAAGCGGCUUAGUCAUGCUGGCCACAUGACCCAGAAAAACUGCCUGUGGACAAACAUCGGCUCCCUCGGCUUGUAAAGUGAGAUCAGCGCCGCAACCCCCGAGUCGUUCGCGACUGGACUUAACUGUCAGGGGUCCUUUACCUUUUUUAACCUGAAAUACCAUGAGAUCCCAAAUUCCCUCUCUUCCUUAGUGGUUGCACAGGUAGACUUCUGAUGAGAGGUAUCAUAUUUAGAAUCUCUCUCUUGGGUGACUUGCAUUAUUUUGUUGUGAUUGUCAGGUGCAGCACCUGGAUGCUAUUCCUGGAGAAGACCUGCUGCUGUCUGGUGAAGUGACCUGGCGCCCCCUUGUGGAAACAAAUGCUCAAAGCAUCGUGAAACCUGCUUUACCCACAUAUAACGAUGAAGGACUCUGAAAUCUUCAUCACGCUGCUUGAAAACAUUUGCUCCUGACUGUGUUUAAUUCUAUAUGUGGAACAAUUCCUGGAAGUGAGACUUGAUUUAUACUGUGGGGAUUUCCAGGAAAGAAAGGAAUAAAUGCUGUGUUUGCUGUUUGAAAGAGUGAUUAGAACUCCUCUUUAUGUAAUUAUUUUCACCUUAGAAAUAUUAACAUGCUACUUUUAUAGUAUUAUAUCUGUGGUUAAAUGCUGCUAGUUCAUUUCAGGAAUCCCUCUCUGUUCCAUUAUCUGGUUGUUCCAACACACAGGUUCUUGAAUGGAGCUUCCUUUUCUUGAGAGCAAAAUAGUUUACCAAAGUGACAGGCAAUAUGCUUUUCGUCUAGUAAGAGGGGAUCAGCUGUCUAAACAUACCAUAAUUCUGUCUUCCAUAAAACUGGUAAGCACAAGCAUGGAUGUGAAAGACAUUCUUCGGUACAAGUAUUGUGCGUCAUGGGACAAAUGAGAAACUAGAAUUCCAAAGCUUGAAAAAUGCGGAAGUUUUUGAAAGGAUUACCUGCCCUUUCCCAACUAAGGUUAUUUAUGAAGCUGAUCCCAGUAGUGAAGGACAGUUUCCUUCCUUGCCUCUGUAAUAGUUUUUAUGACCCAAUAGAUGGAAGACUUUUUGUUUCUUUUUUAAUGACCCCAUGGGAGGCAGAGAGCCAAACUAGGCAUGAUAUUAAUGUGCAGGUUUUAAAAAAUGCAGAACAUCGGCUGGCAUUUUCUUUCCACUGAAUGUUCCAUUUGCAUUUGAGAAAUUUACCUGAGGAUUACAGCAUGGGAGGAAGGUGUUACAUCUCUCCUCCAUGCCUGAUGCAAUCUUGAUUAUUGUCAGCCCCACCCUAGCUGAUGCUAUUUGCAUUUUUAAAAGCUGCACAUUAUGCUUGUCAUGUCAGGCUGGUUUGGGCCUGAGACUUGUGACUAAAAACUUCAGGGUUCCAUGUCUCCAAACUGUGUUCUGAAGGUUUUUGCAGUAUGAGCAACAUUUCCUAUUCAUGGGUUUGUUUUGCUCAGGUCACCUCUUUAUAAAAUAGUGGCUCAGGAUCCUACGUGACUAACAAGAGUUCAUUUGCUUCAAAACAGCCCUUGUAUGUGCUGCAUUAAGGAGGUUAGCGCAUUAUUCCAUUCUAGAGGCACAACCUAUUUUGUUUCUCUUAUGGUACAACAUGUAAGCCGAGAAACAAUUCUCAUGUUUUUCCUUACCAUGUAAUGCCUUUGCUGAAAACCUGGAGAAUAGUUCUCCACACACAUUUUAAAAUUUGAUCCAAAUAAAUAUACUGAAAACAAUAUAGAAAUAAGUCUUUCAUUUUGUACAGCAUGCGCAUUCACAGAAGUUGGCUUUUGAUGCUUAACCAGGUCUAUGCAUGUGUCUGUGCUCUUCCUCAUACCUUCCAAA